AUGGGGGCGAAAGGAAGCAAGCCGGAGGCAAAAAAUGGCGGAGAUCACAGAGAGAAGGCUAGCACGGCUAAACGUAAGCAGAAGAUCACUAAGGAUCAGGCAAAACAAGCAGCCAAUCGUCAAGUAGGUUGUUGUGUUGAUAUACAGUCAAACGUCUUUAAAAUGUCGUACAAGUAGUAUGUACAGUGUUUUGCCGGUCCGGUCCGCGGACGGGUCCGGUCCGGACCGGACGGACCGAAACAAAAUUUUUUGCGGACCGGACCGGACCCAAAAUCCUGCGGACCCGGACCGAAGAAAAAGCUCCGAACCGGUCCGGAAGCAAAAUUUUUUUUUAUUUAAUUAAAACUGCUUUAAAAAUUGCAAAGAAAACAUAUUUUUAAGUGUUUUUAAACGUAGAAAAAGCAAUUUUAACGCUCUUUGCUUUUUUUAAAAAUAAAAAAAAAUUUUUUUGCGGACCGGACCCAAAAAUGUUGGGUUUGGACCGGACCGGACCCAGAAAUUUAAAGUUUGGACCGGACCGGACCCGAAAAUCGCCGGACCGGUGAAAAACGCUUAGGACCGGUCCGGGCAAAACACUGAGUAUGUAAAAUAUUACCCCAGAAACAAAAACAGUGACAAUUUUAGUUGAGUUGCAUGUCGCGCGACAAACGAACGAAGCGUGAAGCCGCGAAGGAAGAGGACGCAGCUCCAGAAGGCGGUAGUGGAUUGGCUGAGCAUCUCCGGAAGAUUGCUCCAUUCAACGGACGCUGGGACAUUACCAAGACCAUCAACGAGGGAACUUAUGGUGUGGUAUUCGACGCUUUCGAUAUCAAAACCAAAGUCCAGGGUGUGAUCAAAGUAGCCAAGGCUAAGGCCGCCGGAAAUCAGGCUACAGAAUGGGAAUCGUUUUUGUUGGAAAGGAUCUUCAGAGAUGUAAGUGGACUGGGAUAGGAAGAUUAUAUUCAGCAAGGGAUUUGUAUUUAAUUGAUGUUUAAUAAUUAUAACGUUUGAAAAUAAUGGUAAACGUAUUUUAGGAUAACGAAGCUGGUGUUGUGAGAAUCUUGGAUCGAGGCAUGCUGGCUGAUGAGCAAGGUCAAGGUAUGGAGUUUGUUGUGUUAGAGAAGGCUCAGCUUCCUGUCAGGGAAUGGCUUCAAAACGAAACUCCGACCGGUAAACAGAUCUUGGUUUGUGAUGUAAGUUUUUAAAUGUUAUUUUAGUUUUAACUUUUGUAUUUGGUGUUAGGUGUUACUAUGUGUUAAACAAUAGGCGCUUACCUUAUUAUAUUUACAGAUUGCGGUACAAAUGUUGAAGGGCAUUUCCGACUUGCACUACCUCGGUCUGCUUCAUCGUGAUUUGAAGCCCGAUAACAUGGGAAUCUACUCGAAGGAACAGCCGGUUUGUCUCUUAUUCGAUUUGGGUAUGGCGCGUAUGUAUACGGACAACGAAGCUAUGGUACGACCGCCCCGAACCGUGGUAGCGUUCCGUGGUACUCCAGAAUGGGCGAGUGGCCACGCUGCUAAAGGAAGGGAACAGACUCGCUUCGACGAUCUUGUAGCUUGGCUAUACGUGAUCGUGGAGCUAAUGGAUCCUCAAGAUGAGAGUAAUCAACCUCUUCCUUGGACAUACCGGUGUCAAGCCAAGGUAGAUGAUACAACUUUGUUAAAGGUUUUAGGAGUCACAUUUGCUUUUUUUCAUUUGUAUCUGUAUAUUAUUAUAGUUAAACUGAUCAUCAAUUCUUAAACUUUUAAUUUUAGGCUGUCAACAUUCUGAAAAGCACUUACGCACCAGCUCGUCUUCUCCUGAGAGACUGCCCACCACCGUUCUACGCUAUCUACUCGUACUUGAUGACUGCCAAUCGCUAUAAGCCUCCAGAUUACACGUUCAUCGCUGAUCGUGUCAAGGAGUCACGUCAGUUUUUGGUUCAGAAAAAGGAAAAGGAAGGCAGUGAACAGAAGCCAGGUGAUGCCAAACCCAGCGAAUCCCCAGCCCCCAUUCCGUCCAAGUAA